GUGUCACAAAACCCAGUCCUCUUCUCCUUUCUCUCUACUCAAAACAGACCACUUGCCAUCCUCAACUCUCUCUUUCCAACAUAACCAAAUUAACCAUGGCUUCACCAACAAUCCUAACACCCUCCUCCAAGCCCCAAACUCUCCCCUCAAUCAAGCCCAGAUCCUCCACCACCGCCAUUGCCACUCCCACUCCCACUCCCACUCCAUCGCCACAACCACCUCAUUUAAAACAACAACCACCACUAAGACGACACUUCUUGACCCUAUCUGCCAGCGGCAUACUCUCUCCUUUGUUUCUAUCUCCUCUUACCCCAGCCUUUGCUUCUUCUGAUGAAGAGUAUGUGAAAGACACAGAAGAUGUUAUAACCAAAGUUAGAACUACAAUCACCAUGGAUAAGAACGACCCAAAUGUGGCAACUGCAGUUGCUGACUUAAGAGAUGCUUCAAAUUUUUGGGUGGCGAAGUAUAGAAGAGAGAAAGCUUUACUUGGAAGAGCUUCGUUUCGUGAUAUUUACUCUGCAUUGAAUGCUGUUUCAGGGCAUUACAUUAGUUUCGGACCCGCUGCUCCAAUUCCUGCUAAGAGAAAGGCCAGGAUUCUUGAAGAGAUGGACACUGCAGAGAAGGCCCUAUUAAGGGGUAGAUAGAGAGACACGGAUUCAGAAAGCUUCUUAUCAAGGGAAUUUUUCUUUCAUCUUUUUUAAAUUUUAACUAUUUUGACAGUAUUAUGUCAAAUUGAGGUUCAGUUUGUAAAUGAUGAGAAAUCUGCAAUUUAAAUGGUGGAUAUUCUUAUGUUA